AUGUCUCCCUUUCUGCGUAUUGGCUUGUCCAACUACGACAGUGGCCCUUACCUGCCGUCUCAGGGGGAGGUAAUUAACCCUUACUGUGCCGUGAUGGUUAAAGAAGCCGUGGAGUCAGAAAAUGGUCAAGUGUACGUGCAGAAGAAGCCCACCAUGUACCCACCCUGGAACAGCACUUUCGAUGCCCACAUCAACAACGGCAGGGUCAUGCAUAUCGUCGUCAAGGACAAAAGUGCUGAAAUGGUUUCAGAGACCACGGUAGAACUCAAGGUGCUGGCGGAGAGGUGCAAAAAGAGCAAUGGGAAGACAGAGAUAUGGCUAGAACUGAAACCUCAAGGGCGAAUGCUGAUGAAUGCAAGAUACUUCCUGGAAAUAAGUGAUGCCAAGGAUCUGGCUGACUGUGAGACUGAAGGCUUUUUCUCCUUGCACCAGCGCAGGGGAGCCAUCAAACAGGCCAAAAUCCAUAACGUCAAGUGUCACGAGUUCACGGCCACUUUCUUCCCACAACCCACCUUCUGCUCUGUCUGUCAUGAGUUUGUAUGGGGUCUGAAUAAACAAGGCUAUCAAUGCAGACAAUGUAAUGCUGCCAUUCAUAAGAAGUGCAUUGAUAAAGUAAUAGCCAAAUGUACAGGAUCAGCAAUCAACAGCAGAGAAACAAUGAACUACAAGAGCCCGACUUUCUGUGAGCACUGCGGCACGCUCCUCUGGGGCCUGGCACGGCAAGGGUUGAAGUGUGAUGCAUGUGGCAUGAAUGUCCAUCACAAGUGUCAGACAAAAGUAGCAAACCUUUGUGGAGUUAACCAGAAACUAAUGGCCGAAGCUCUGGCAAUGAUAGAGAGCACUCAGCAGGCUCGCUGUCAGCGUGACACUGAACAGAUCUCCAGGGAUGGACCUCUUGAAAUUGGCUUCCCAGUUCCUGUGAAGGAGGUAACACCACUUCAGGCAUUGCCAGCAUCUACGACAGGAAAAAAAGAGCCACAAGGCAUCUCCUGGGAGACUCCGGUGGAGGGCACAAUGAAGGGGGAGUCUCUAAUAGAGUCAGACUUGGAAGGAGAACAGCCCCAGGAGCAGCAAGAGCACCAAGUGCAGCUAAAACUAACCAUCGAAGAUUUUGUCCUGCACAAGAUGCUGGGGAAGGGCAGUUUUGGCAAGGUGUUUCUUGCCGAGCUGAAGAGCACAGACCAGUAUUUUGCAGUGAAAGCCCUGAAGAAGGAUGUGGUGCUGAUGGAUGAUGAUGUUGAAUGUACAAUGGUGGAGAAGAGAGUCCUCUCCUUAGCUUGGGAGCACCCAUUCCUGACUCAUGUCUUCUGUACGUUCCAGACCAAG